AACAUGGCCUCCGCAGCAACAGCCCCUCCUGCCCUACACAGACGUGGCGUCUCCUGACGUCAUAGGACGGCGCCGGGAGUCCUAGAAGCUGCACGUGGGCUUGGAUUUGGAAACUCUGGCGGGGCCAUGGAUACCCCUCUCAGGCGCAGUCGGCGGCUGGAAGGACUAAAGCCUGAAUCCCCCGAGAACCCCACCCCAGUUUUGCAGGCGAGACGGGCCCUUGUGGAGCUCGAGUCGCACCCAGAAGAAGCGAGGGAGCCCGGGUCUCCUCGGAAUGUGCAGCCACCAGGUUUGGGGUCCCCCAGACGUCAGUCAGAGACAGCUCCAGUUUCACCCAGUCUACAGGAAGGGGCAGGCUUGGGGUCCCCCCAGAGACAGCCAGAGCCGGGCCCAGGGUCCCCCCAGCGUCAGCGAGAUCCGGGUCUGGAGUCUUCCCAAAGGCAGCCGGAAUCGAGUCCUGAAACCCCAGGACUUCAGUCAAAGCCAAAUGGGGAGCCACCAAAGUUCUCCCAGGACCAAGAAGCGGAUUCGGAGUUGGCCGGGAGUAAGGCGGAGCAGACCCCGGAGUCUCCCCAACAUCAGCUGCAGUUGGGCCCAGGGUCACUAGAGCCUUACCCCGGUCAGCAAGCGCCGGAUCUGGAGCCCUCGCAGCCACUCCAGGAGCUGCCACUCCAGGAGCUGCCACUCCAGGAGCUGCCACUCCAGUCACCCGGUUCCCCACAGGAUCAGAACGAGCCAAGCAAACCAUCUCCAUCCAGGGAGAGGGGGAGAGACGUCCUCGGGCCAAAGAAGCGAGAAAGUUCUUCAGUCCAGGCCCCAGCGUCCAAGAAGCCGAAGAAAGAGGAGGUUCCUAUUAUCCCGAAGGGGAAGCCCAAGUCUGGGCGAGUGUGGAAGGACCGCUCAAAGAAGAGGUUCUCCCAAAUGGUCCAGGACAAGCCCCUGCGCACAUCUUGGCAGAGGAAGAUGAAGGAGCGGCAGGAGAGGAAGCUGACCAAGGACUUCGCCCGGCACCUGGAGGAGGAGAAGGAGCGUCGCCGGCAGGAGAAGAAGCAGCGCCGUGCCGAGAACCUGAAACGCCGCCUGGAGAACGAGCGGAAGGCAGAGAUCGUCCAAGUGAUCCGAAACCCCGCCAAGCUCAAGCGGGCGAAGAAGAAGCAGCUGCGCUCCAUUGAGAAGCGGGACACGCUGGCCCAGCUGCAGAAGCAGCCGCCACAGCGGCCGGCAGCCAAGAUCUGAGCUCAGGCCUUCUGUGGCCGACCCCGGAGUCACACACAUCACCCCUCGGGCCACUACCACAUGCCUCUGCUGGCCCUGCGCUCCAACUCUGUGGCUCCAAAAUAGAGGCCCCACCCGAGACGGGGCUCUGAGCCUUCAAAGGCUCCCGGGCAGAUCUUUGUGGGACAGUUGUCCAGAGGGAGGCUGGGACCUGGCAGAGACUGGGGGAGGGAAGAGUCAGCUCCUCCUCCCCUCCCCAGGUGCCUUCAAACCGAGAAGAGUAAUCUCUGGUUCCUCAGCUCAGGAUGCUGGUGACUGGAGCGUGACUCCCCAAAAUGUGUAUGUUCUGUCUCAAGGUCCUGGGUCCAACCCAGGCCUGGAGGCCGCAAGUCCAGAAUCCAGCUCCCUCCACACCUUCCCAAAGGCUGCUUUGGUCCUGCUGUACGCUACUCACCCCGUCACCCAGCAGACCGAAUCCAGCCCUGCCCCACUCUUCAACACGUGAGGUUAAGAUGGGGCGGUUCCAUGGGGCAGGGUCUCUCUGUAGCUCCCCCUUUCCUGUACCAGACUGCAGAAGUCCCAAAGAUCUGAUUAACUCACCACCCAGCCUACAGCAGAAAUAUUUAUUGAAUGUCUGCUGUAUAGACACGAUUCUGGGUACCGAGGGAUACAGACAGAAGUCCCUGCCCUCUUGGAGCUUUUAUUCUGACAGAGAAAACCUAGUAAACAAAUAAAAUAUAUUGUGUUA